CCGUAAAUUAUUAGGCCCCUCCAACUGAUCUUCCUUUGCUCUGCAUUUCCUCACUGCGUCUUCACCGCACUCUGUCCGGACAUCUCAUUUCCGCCAUCUCCGACCGAUCAUCUGUCUUCAGCUAGGGAGAAGGUAUGUCGUCGUCUGAAAACCCUGAGAUUGUGGAGAGGGGCGUCAAUGACAAGGAAGACAAGAAUGAAGAGAAGGGUGGGUUCAUAGACAAGGUGAAGGAUUUUAUCCAUGACAUAGGUGAGAAGAUAGAGGAGACGAUAGGGUUUGGAAAACCAACUGCUGAUGUUGCUGGGAUUCAUAUUCCGCAUAUCAAUCUUGAAAAGGCUGAAAUAGUGGUUGAUGUUCUGGUGAAGAAUCCAAAUCCUGUUCCCAUCCCUCUUGUUGACAUAAACUACUUAAUUGAGAGUGAUGGGAGGAAGCUGAUUUCUGGGCUUAUCCCAGAUGCUGGAACUAUCCACGCACAUGGUUCGGAAACUAUCAAGAUACCGGUCAACCUGAUUUAUGAUGACAUUAAGAGUACAUAUAAGGACAUACAGCCUGGAAGCAUAAUCCCAUACAGGAUUAAGGUGGACCUCAUAGUAGACGUGCCUGUCUUCGGCAGGUUAACUCUUCCUCUGGAGAAAACUGGUGAAAUUCCCAUUCCUUACAAGCCAGAUAUCGAUCUUGAGAGGAUCCGGUUUGAGAGGUUCUCUUUUGAGGAAACAGUUGCUGUUCUUCAUUUGAAACUAGAAAACAUGAAUGACUUUGAUCUGGGCCUCAAAUCACUUGACUAUGAUCUUUGGCUGUCUGAUGUGAACAUUGGGGGUGCUGAACUUGACAAGUCUGCCGACAUUAAGAAAAAGGGAACUACCUACAUUGACCUUCCUGUCACCUUCAGGCCCAAGGACUUUGGCUCAGCUCUAUGGGACAUGAUAAGGGGUCGAGGAACGGGCUACACAAUGAAAGGACACAUCAACGUGGAUACACCCUUUGGAGCAAUGAAGUUACCCAUCAACAAGGAGGGCGGUACCACCCGUCUCAAGAAGAACAAAGAAGAUGGAGGCGAUGAUGAUGAUGAUGAGGUAAAUAUCAACCAUUUUGUAAUUCUAAGGCUAUUUUUGCUGCUCCGAUGAUCGUAGGGAGAGAAAUAUUAGCAAGGAAAACAGUUUUCUAUGUUUGGUUUCACGGUUUUACCUUUGUAUAUACACUACAUAUGUUGGAACAAUUUUUUAAAAAGGAAUUCUAAGUGUGGCUUAAUUUGAAUUUUGCCGUCUUUUUCAAAUAGAAAAAUUUAAAUAAAAUAAGUUCGAACAUAAAUUUUUUAAAAAAUG